UCGCGCGCACGCAUCGGAGUCGCGCGCACGCAUCGCUUUGUGACGGGUGUGUGAUCGGUACCGUCAAUAUGUCGAGUACGUUAAAGUGCAGUGUUUGUAACAUUGUGAUAGACGAGUUGCUCUCGUAUAUACAAAAUAAAAUAUCGGUGAUAGACGAAAUUACAUUAAUGAGAAUAUGUACAACGUCUUUCUCAAGCGAAGAAAUACAGAAAUCAAAAUCGCUGUUGUUUGAUUCUCUGUCAACGGAUGUACGUAAAAUAUCUAGAAAACGUAAAGGAAAGGAAGUUAGAGAUUUGGAAGACAUCAUUAGUCUUUUCAAAGUAACAGAUCCUGAUGCAAUUCCAAUAUUUGUGGCGAGGCAAUUAGAAAAAUUGCCGCCUAUUACAUUUGAUCAUCUUGAUUGUACGAAACUUCUCAAGGAUUUGCUGCUCGUAAAAGAGGAAAUUGAGCAAGUUAAGACGACAUAUGCUUCGGUCAAGCAGCUUGAAGACCUAAGAAACGAAGUUAUCGGAUUAAAAAACGACAGAAUAAUGUAUACCCCAGCACAAUACAUUAAUAACAAAAGUGGCGCAUGGUUUGAUAAUAAUGAAGCUAAUGCUAUUAAUGACUCAACGAUAGAAGUAAAUAGUGUGUGUGAUAAAUUACAAAAAGAGGAACUUGUUGCAAACAGUAAGUUGCAGAAUAAUUCCAAUUGUAGGUAUCCGAAAAUAAGCGACAAAGAAAUCGUGAACUGCGUUAACGAGGAGCCGAGUGUCGUAGUGACUCAUCGUGAUAUGCAAAAAUCGCCUCGGACGCCGCCGCCGCUCGCGCCGGUAACUGAGAACAAAACUAAACAACAAAAGGACGAUCAGCUGACUGUGUUGAUAACGAGUGCGCCCGUAUCACCUAAUGCAGCGGAAUCGGAAUGCGAGUCGCGAAAUAAUACUGAGUGGAGAACUAUAUCUUACAAGAAAAGAUCGAAUUAUAGGUAUGCAGGCAAAGCGGGAACUGCGCGUGACGUUCAAGGAAGUUUCAAGGCGGCUGAAAGGAAAGUUCCUAUUUUCAUUUCUAAUGUCCAUAAAGAUACGAUGGCUAAGGACAUAGUGUCUUACAUACAAAGUAAAACACAGGAUGUUGUAUCAUUAGAAAAGAUAAACACUAAGAAACAAAAAGAACACAACGCAUACAAGUUCUUUGUAUCAGAAAGUAAAUUAUCUUUAUUCUUAGAUGAAAAUAUAUGGCCUGAAGGCAUUAUAUUUAGGCGUUUCGUGCAUUUUAAAAGCAAAUAUGUAAGAGAUAUGUCAACAAAAACGGCCACAAAUCAAACAUAUAAUGCAUAGCACCUUUACGUUAACUAGUUUUAACUGUAAAAACGUUAAACGUUCCGUCGAUAACAUACGAGAAAUGUGCCGUUUUUCUGAUAUCAUUGCGCUUCAGGAGACGUGGCUGUUACCGGAUGAGAUCCAGUACCUGAGCACUAUUGACAGAAAAUUUAGUUCAACUGGUACUUCUGCCGUUGACACAGCAGCUGGCUUGCUGCGUGGCCGCCCGUACGGAGGUGUUGCGCUGUUAUGGCGCAGUGACGUGUUUCAAAACGUAUCUGUUAUACAGUGUAAUAAUCCGCGCGUGUGUGCCAUUAAAAUCGUUACAAACGACAGACCUAUUGUGGUAAUUAGUGUCUACAUGCCCACAGACUCGCCGGAUAACCUGUCGGACUUUACGGACUGUCUGGGUACGUUGGGACCAUCGGGGGAGAUGCUCAAUGCUGAGAAACCUGAAGGAAAGGUGGGCUUACGUUUUAGGGCCAAGGACGUGGAGAACGUGAUCAGACACAUGUCGCGAGGUAAGUCCCCUGGCCAUGAUGGUCUGAGCAUUGAGCACCUUCAGUACGGUGGUGCUCAUAUUUCGCGAGUGUUAUCACUAUUCUGUAACCUUUGUAUGAGUCAUAGUUAUUUACCACCCGAUUUAAUAAAAACCAUAGUGAUACCAGUUGUUAAAAAUAAAUCUGGGGACAUGUCGGAUCUGGGCAACUAUAGGCCGAUAUCCUUGGCCACCAUUAUAGCUAAAGUACUUGAUAGAUUGCUUGAGAUACAGUUAAAUAAACAUCUUCAAAUACAUGACAAUCAGUUUGGGUUUAGGCCCAAACUCUCAACCGAAUGUGCAAUUAUGUGUCUCAAGCAAACUGUCAGAUAUUAUACAGAUCGGGGAACGCCAAUAUAUGCGUGUUUUUUAGACCUUUCUAAGGCUUUUGACCUGGUUUCCUACGACAUACUCUGGAAAAAGUUAAAAGAGGAGAAUACGCCUCCAGAAGUCAUAAAUAUCUUUAGGUAUUGGUAUGGAAACCAGGUCAACAAUGUAAGGUGGGCAGGGCAACUGUCUGAUUCGUAUAAAAUGGAGUGUGGUGUGAGGCAGGGAGGGUUGACCUCUCCUGUACUCUUUAAUUUAUAUAUUAAUGCACUGAUUGUCACGCUCAGCAACGAACAUGUCGGAUGCCAUAUUGAUGACGUAUGCGUCAAUAAUCUCAGCUAUGCUGACGAUAUGGUGCUGUUGAGCGCCUCAGUCUGUGGUCUAAGGAGGCUGCUUUGUUUAUGUGAGGGGUAUGCACAAACCCAUGGACUUAAAUAUAAUGAAAAAAAGAGCCAGGUUAUGGUCUUUAA